AUGGCCGGUCAAUACCAAUAUGCGGGGAUCGCACAACCAGGUCAGGCUCCAACUUAUCCUCAGUUCGCACAGUAUCCCGGUGCAGGUGGGGAUCAGGGUGCACAAUUUCUUCAAGGCUAUGCACUCGCGCAGAGUAAUCCCGCCACCGCUGUUUUCGGUGGACCGUCAUUCGGCCAAACCCCCUACCCACAGGGAGCUGCUGCUAUGUCUGUUCCUCAGCUAGGAGCUCAAUUGAGUGCAAGUGGGCUCGGUGCUGGUUUUCCCUAUGGUGAUUAUUCUCAAUUCAACCCUUACGGUCAGAAUGCCGGUGUCAGUAUGCCAGCGCCAAUAAAUGACGUACAACAAUUUGGCCAGUUCCUUCCUAACGCUCUCAAUCAGUCUGCUGCUCGAAAUAUUUACGAAGCAAUUGCUCAAGAGCAGGGUUUGGCUGGAUUCAAUGCUGCAGCCUUUAUGCAAGACACUACAAGCGCUAUAGGCCGUCUUGGGGGUUUUUCUGGAAAGGGAUUUAGUGCAAACCAAAGAGCUGGCAUGAACAAAUUUGAGAAUGGUAAUCGAUCGAGCAACCUACCCAGUGUUACCAAUCCUGAUGGUCUGCGUGAGGAUACUGUGUUUGUUAGCAAACUUCCUCAAAACAUCGAUCACGAAGUUAUGAAGUCUCAUUUUGGUACAAUUGGAAAAAUUAAGAUGAAUGCCAAGACAGGAAUGCCCAUGAUAUGGAUAUUUAAGGAACGCGGCAUCCCCAAGGGCGAUGCUCUAGUCACCUUUGAGGAUCCCCAGUGUGUGCAAAAAGCAAUCAAGUGGUUUUCAGAGAACGAGUUUCUCGGGAAAAAGAUAGAAGUUAAACAAGCGAAGAAUAGCCAACGGCCUGUCAUUAUUCCAAGCGGCAGUGGUGGCCAGCAACACAACAAUUCUGGUGCAGCAUCCAAUCGACCUGGCAGUUUAAAUCAAUUGUCUGUCGGCUCUUCCGGCAUGACCAUACUUGCGGGUGCAGAUCGAACGGUGGAUAUGUAUGGAGGGCAGUUUGACCCUAGGAAUGAUGGUCCACUUCAGUCACGUGGUGGAGGCGGCAGACCUCCAAUAAACGCUGGAGGAAUGCGUGCCAUUGGUGGUCCGGGAGUAAACCGAGCUGGCGAUUGGUGCUGUCAGUCCUGUGGGCGGCUUAACUUUGCAGGACGCGACCAGUGCAAACCAUGUGGAGCACCACGUCCGGAUGACGGUAUGAUGAUGUCGAGGCCUCCACAACGUGGUCCGUUGUUCCCGCCGCACCAGAUUCCGGGAGCACCGACGGCUAACGGAGGGCCAAUGAUGGGUCCUGGUGGACCGCCACUGCCACCCCGGGGCGGUCCGAUGAUGCCACCGCCACCUGGUGUUAGAAGUGGAACGGUUCCUCCGCUGAAUGGGGGUCGGGGUAGCGGUAGUGGACUGUCAAUGCGCGGCGGGAGGGGCGGGGGUCCCAUGCGCGGCAGCUCUAUUAGUGCCGGUCGCAGCAUGCGCACCACUCCAUACUAA